ACCCCUCCCAUUAUAAAGUCCCCUUCCCUUCCAACUUCAAACCGACCGCCCCCCGCCCAACGCCUCUCCCUCUCCCUCUAGCCCAUAGACCAAAUCCAGAAAUGGCUCUCACAAGCUCAAGUUCUCUUCUCCCCACCAAAACAUUGGGUUUGACUCCGACCCAAACCCAGCUCCAACCCGCCAAAUCUUUCGGAUCUCUCAAACCCAUCUCCGCCGUCCACGCUGCCGAACCCUCCAAGAACCCCAUUGUCUCCGCCAAGCCGGAGGCGUCCGCCGCCGUCGCGACCAAGCCGUACACGGUUCCUAAACGCUGGACGGUCGACAGCUGGAAGACCAAGAAGGCGCUCCAGCUUCCGGAGUACCCGGAUCAGGGGGACCUCGAGGCGGUGCUCCGGACCCUCGAAGCCUUCCCGCCGAUUGUGUUCGCCGGCGAGGCGAGGAGCCUGGAGGAACGUCUCGGCGAGGCCGCCAUGGGCAACGCCUUCUUGCUCCAAGGCGGUGAUUGCGCCGAGAGUUUCAAGGAAUUCAACGCCAACAACAUUCGUGACACCUUCAGGAUUCUCCUCCAGAUGGGCGUCGUUUUGAUGUUCGGCGGGCAAGUGCCCGUGAUCAAGGUUGGAAGAAUGGCGGGUCAGUUUGCGAAGCCGAGAUCAGAGCCGUUUGAGGAGCAGAAUGGUGUGAAGCUUCCGAGUUACAGGGGGGACAAUGUCAAUGGCGACGCGUUUGAUUCCAAGUCUAGGAUUCCAGACCCGCAAAGGAUGAUUAGGGCCUACUGCCAAUCCGCAGCUACUCUCAAUCUAUUGAGGGCUUUUGCCACUGGAGGUUAUGCUGCCAUGCAGAGAGUCACGCAAUGGAAUCUAGACUUCACCGAGCACAGCGAACAGGGAGACAGGUACCGGGAAUUGGCUCACCGGGUUGAUGAGGCGCUUGGUUUCAUGGCUGCUGCUGGACUUACCGUUGAUCAUCCAAUCAUGACAACCACCGAGUUUUGGACGUCACAUGAGUGCUUGCUCUUGCCUUAUGAGCAGUCUCUUACAAGGAUGGAUUCUACUUCUGGCUUGUACUAUGAUUGUUCUGCCCAUUUCAUCUGGGUUGGUGAACGAACACGGCAACUGGAUGGUGCCCACGUCGAGUUCUUGAGAGGAGUUGCCAAUCCCCUUGGAAUCAAGGUGAGUGACAAAAUGGACCCUAAUGAGCUGGUUAAACUCAUAGAGAUUUUGAAUCCUCAUAAUAAACCAGGGAGGAUUACAAUUAUCGCAAGAAUGGGAGCUGAGAACAUGAGAGUGAAGCUUCCUCAUUUAAUUAGGGCAGUUCGCAGGGCUGGGCAAAUUGUAACUUGGGUUAGUGACCCAAUGCACGGGAACACAAUCAAGGCACCUUGCGGUCUUAAAACUCGCCCCUUCGAUGCCAUCAGGGCUGAAGUAAGAGCAUUCUUUGACGUGCAUGAGCAAGAAGGAAGUCACCCGGGGGGAGUUCAUUUAGAAAUGACCGGCCAAAAUGUGACAGAGUGCAUUGGCGGGUCACAAACAGUGACAUUUGAUGAUCUGAGCUCGCGCUACCACACCCACUGCGAUCCUAGGCUUAAUGCUUCACAAUCCCUUGAGCUUGCUUUCAUCAUUGCAGAGCGUCUGCGGAAGAGGAGGCUUGGAACCCAGCAAUUGUUAACGCCUGUAGGGCUGUAGAAUGGCUUAAAGACCCUCCAAUAAGUUGGUUCUCUUCUUCGAAGUUACAUCUGUGUCUGUAUUGGUAUAUGUAUGUUUCUUUUGGCUAUUUUAGCACUACAAGUAUUUCGUGUACCACCGUAUCUGUAUACUGGAAAAAUUCAUGGUUUUGAGACUUUGUAGAGAUGGGAAUAAGGCAUAAAGUUGUGGCUCCAUUCUCUACUUAAUAAACUGCUGUAUUUGGCGUUAUAUAUUAAGUUGGCUUUCAUUA